AUGGUCAUGAUCUACAUUAACAAAGUUCCCGCAGCGGUUGCGAUAGCGCUGCUGUUUCUAGUGGUUGUGAUCGCUCCUCAGUGGACAAAGGCACAGCCACUGCCGCCACUCCCACCAAUGUCGCCACUGCCACCACUACCGCCAAUGUCGCCACUGCCGCCACUCCCGCCAAUGUCGCCACUACCACCAAUGCCGAAGGUGGAUCCAGUGUGCACGACAGCGAUCCUUGAAAUCGUCCAAAAUUGCUACUCAACGUUGAGUGCGGUACCAUCGGAAGAAUGUUGCAAUGGUCUCAAAUCGGCGAGCAAGACACAAGUGACUUGUCUAUGCGACAAUUUUAUCGCACAUCCUGUCUUCAGCAACUUGACCCGACCGUACUACGACCAAGUUAGUAACGCAUGUGGUGUUCUUGACAAAUACGACUGCAAUGGUACAGGUGAAGGAGGAGAUUCUAAAGGAGGAGAUCCGAAAGGAGGAGAUCCGAAAGGAGGAGACGGUAACGCAGGAGCAAUCAACAAGAUUGCUGGAUCAAUGGGUCUAUUUGGAUUGAUUACAUGUCUGUUCUUCCUUUUGUUUUAA